UUAUGAAAGCCAUGUGAUUCGCGUCCCCCUGGCAGUGCAGUGUGUUUUGGGUAUGCCCUUUUCUGCCAGCUCGGCAGAAUCUUCUCCGAGGUCAGAGCCUGUGCAGGAGAGGCACUUAGGACCCAGAUGGUUGGCUGUGCUUUAUCUGAAACAGAGCGUGCCCUGUUAAAUGUUUCCCCUUCCAGCAGAUGUGUACAGAGACAAGAGAGCACUUCUCAGAACGUCAGCAGACUCGCUUCUCCCAGCAACUCUUCACUAAACCAAAGAUUUUUCUUUAAGCGUCCUUUAUUUCGUUGCGGAUUUACAGAAUUUUGCUCCAGGACUGCAAACUCCUUCAGUCACUUUUUCCUCUAACGGAUACUAUUACUGGGCCCCCCUAUACGCCACCAUUACUCUGUGAUCAGCUGUUUCCUAAACUGUAAAGAUGCUAAAAUUCUGCCUUUCAUGUGAUCUUCCGCGUGGCGCUGCCCGUGCAAGCAGCAAAACGUCUGAUACGGAGGGGCCCCCACAUCCCAUGAGCACACAAGAUCGAGAGGAGGAGGGGAGAGCUGCCAGUCCGGAGUCUGUCCUGAGACUGCGUAAAGGACACAUGCCAGUCACCUCCGAGGGCACGGAUUCACAAAAUGACCAAUAUGACGAUAAGUGUGUCCUCCUGGCCAACUCCCCUCCAUCUUCCGACCAGGACAAUAAAUCGGAGGAAUGUGACAGCAUAGAAGAACCGGUGCAGGAGGAUGAAGGCUUUAUGGGAAUGGCGCCUCUCCUGCAGGCUCAUCACGCCAUGGAGCGGGUGGAGGAAUUUGUCUGUAAGGUGUGGGAGGGUCGAUGGCGAGUCAUCCCCCAUGACGUGCUCCCUGAUUGGCUGAAGGACAAUGAUUACCUCCUACACGGUCACCGCCCACCCAUGCCUUCCUUUAGGGCGUGCUUCAAGAGCAUCUUCAGGAUACACACAGAGACCGGCAACAUCUGGACCCAUCUUCUCGGUUGUGUCUUCUUCCUAUGUCUGGGUAUUUUCUAUAUGUUUCGGCCCAACAUGGCGUUCAUCGCUCCGGUACAGGAAAAGGUGGUGAUUGGGGUCUUUUUCCUGGGUGCCAUCCUUUGCCUUUCAUUCUCCUGGCUAUUUCAUACCGUGUACUGCCAUUCGGAGGGCGUGUCCCGUGUCUUCUCAAAGUUGGAUUAUUCUGGAAUUGCACUUCUCAUCAUGGGCAGCUUUGUUCCGUGGCUUUACUACUCGUUUUAUUGCAACCCACAGCCAUGCUAUAUCUACCUAAUCAUCAUCUGCGUCCUGGGGAUUGCCGCCAUCGUUGUAUCGCAGUGGGACCUCUUUGCAACGCCUCAGUAUCGUGGAGUGAGGGCUGGUGUGUUUGUGGGUCUGGGCCUCAGCGGGAUCAUCCCCACGUUGCACUUUGUCAUCGCCGAGGGAUUCCUGAAAGCCGCUACCAUGGGCCAGAUUGGCUGGUUGAUUCUUAUGGCGAGCCUGUACAUCACAGGGGCUGCCCUGUAUGCUGCACGCAUUCCCGAACGAUUCUUCCCUGGAAAGUGUGAUAUCUGGUUUCACUCCCACCAGCUGUUCCAUGUGUUCGUCGUGGCUGGAGCUUUCGUCCACCUACACGGAGUCUCCAACCUCCAGGAAUUCCGCUUCACAGUGGGUGGCGGUUGUGCAGCCCAGGAGGUGCUGUAGGAACCUGCCGCCAUGAAGGGGGGAAUGCAAUACAGUCCACGAACAACCUACCACACAGCAGUGGGAGAGCAGUUUCUCACUCAGCUGUGCAAAGGAGCAAAGGUGAAAUGGAGGCAGACGCACAAAUGCCCAGACAAACUGUGGAACUAAACCAUCUUACCUCAAACAUACAGCACCGAGUGUAUGAAGUUUAAUUUAUUCCUGGGGAGCGGGUCGCAUCUCUUUUACCCUUUCCGAUUUGGCGGGGAGGGGGGGGUUAUGGUCUCUCCACACUGACGCGGUUUAAAUUAUACUCUGCAGCUUGAGCUUCCGACCGAAAGAUUCUUGCGUGUCUCGUGGUCAAAUGUCCAAACAUCUAUUUAUUUUUGUAACUACUUCUUCUGGAACGGGGUGGGGGUCUUUAAUAAUUUUAUUAUGUUUGUUUUUAACCUCUGGUAAGGUUCUCGAUUUGUAUUCAUGGUGGUGUUUCUGUUCUGUGAUAAUUUCUGGGAAGACUUGCAAGUGAUGGUCUGCAGAUCUGUGCAAAUAAAACAUACAAAAAUUUCUAAUUUUCUCUUUAAAAUGUUUCUAGACUUUUUCAGAAAUAGAUGUGACAAGUUUUAAAGACAAAAUUACAAAACUUCUGUUUAUGUUUUAAGGAUUAUUUGUACCGUUCACUGUUUCAUGGACAUGUUUUGCACAAGCGUGGCGCAGGGUGUGCUGGUGAUUGGCGGAUUGUGGGAGUCCAUCCUGAGACAAAGCACAGUUGCUGUCUUGGGGGAAUUUGUUGGGUCUUACUCUAUAAAUGGAUAAAAUAAGAAGACCAUGGAAGGGUUUUCAUUUUAAUGGAGGCCUAGGAUGUGACCCCAUAGCGGGACCACAUUUACCACAAACAAAAGGCUUCCUAAAAUAUCUUACACAUUGGAUGUGGAGCAAAAAACUUGUGGCUGCACAGGGUACGUUGGUGGGUUUUUCACUAUAAACUGAUAAAGUAAAUAUAGCUUAUUUAAAAAAAAAAAGAACUUGGGACAAAAACUCUUUGGGGACCCAGUGUGGACCCAUUGCAGAGCCACAGCCAGUGAUAACAAAUAGAUCCUCAGUGGAUGUGUAGGAAGAAAUGGGGCACAGUGUUGAGCAGUCAUGUUGAAUCCUCUUCUCUAUAACACAUGGAUGUGAAUACAUUUUUGGUUUCAUAUUCAAAUCUAACUUGAGGCAAAGAGUUAAGUGAUGUGAUUAGUGAUUUUUUUUUUUUUAUCCAUGUGUUUGUUUUUUUGCAUGCUCCCUUUGGCAAAAAAAUGAGCUGUGGGGUAAGCCUGAGUAUAAAUCCAGUUUCCCACCUGCAUGCCGUUUUGUUCAUAUCUGGACAUUUAGCCAUCAUUAAGGUCUACAUCAAUAAGACUUGGGGACAUUUAAAAAAAAAAAAAAAAAAAACUUUUACAGGCCAAGACUCGAACAGCUAUUGGGCUUCAGUUCAUUUAAAAGUGGGCUAUCAUACGAUAUAAAGAACACAGACUUUAUAAAAGAAAUGCACAGUGUUCAGGGAGAAAUAAAAUGCAAGAUUUUCAGUCUGGUGUUUUUAUGGCCUCUGUUAAUUUCAGGUUAGUCCCCCCUCGACUAGAAUUCUUCCUCUUUUUAGUAGGGGGCACUAUUACCUAUCACUAAUUAAAAUAUAUAUACUCUCACAGCAGGAGACUGGCACCUGUUGUGCACAGCAGUUGGCAAGCCAUGGAUGGUUCUGGAUCCAGUGGUAGUACAUACCCAAAGGUUAUCUAAAAAGAAAAAUUCUAAUUCAAACACUUACCUGUAGAGUAAAGGGUACAUGCUUACAUUUUCUGCUGCUGUUACCGAUCAGUGUUAAGUGUGUACCUCCUUCUGCCCUCACGUCACUGCAGGAGAGAGUAGGGAUAUGGGAUCAGAGGAAGAAACUAGUGAGAGCUGUGGGGGACAGUGGAGAUGAACACUCCCAGAAAUGUCAGUUUCCCAGUGUAAUUGGGGUAACCAGUUCUGCACAGAACAGGGUAAAAAUGUACCAUUUUUACAGGUACAGUAUGUGUUUGGCCAGGAACUCUUUAAAUGUUAAAUAUAUAUACUCCUCCCCCCCCCCUUUUUUUUUUUUAAGGAUUUUGUAGUUAAAUCAUCUGUUAAAUGCAGACUGAACAAAUAACACGAUGCCCCUUCUUGCUAAGAUGUUAGAAGUUAGAUAAGUGUUGCCUUUAACACCAGAUUCUUGUCUGUGCUGCACCAGGGAAGGAAAAGGAGGCUGCGGUUGGAAUUGCUAGCAAUGGCAUUUGUUUCUUAGAAUAUUUGAUGGACCAGUCUUUGUAUUAGGCAGUGUAGGGAGAUGUUUACAAGCGUUUAGGAUUAUGUCGUCAGUUGCAUCUGGAUUGCUCUGCGCAUGUUUCUGUUCUACAUUGUAUUAUAAUAUCAGUAUUGAUUUAUAGCAAUCGAUUCUGUAGGACAGUGGUCUCCAAACUGCGGCCCUGGGGCCAGAUGUGGCCCUUUGCCUGCCUUUAUCCAGCCCUUGGUGCACUAUUCCUCUUACUGUAAUGAGGCACUUUUCGUCCAACUGACACCCAACAGCGAGGUAUCAUUUCCCCCCCUGACACCAAUAAUAGGGCAUUAUUCCUCCCCAUGAUACCAACGAUGGGGCACUAUUUCUUCCCCCAAUACCAAAUAUGGUGAUGUUUAUGCCCACUGAUGGCAGGAACAUUUCCACUACUACUGGCCACUUGCUGGCCCCCCUAAAGUCUGAAGAACAAUAAACUGGCCCUUUGUUUAUAAAGUUUGGAGACCCCUGCUGUAGGAGAUAGAGGUGGGGCCUUUGCAACUGUGGUGUGCAUUUCCUAGUGCAGUUGGCUACAGCUUAACUGUUCAUGGGGUUACUUAGAAGUUAAAUUAUACCUUCCCAUUCACGUGCCACAUUUUUAGGUAUCCCAAUAGUGAGGGUGAUGGUUUAAUUUCUGACACCACAUGGGCAGUUGUCAUAGAUCAAGAUAUUCCUAUAAUAUUCUUUAGAACAGUAAAUGUGAUUUUUGACACUAUUAAAAGUAUCUGGACCAAGUGUGAUGCCAGUUGGGUGUCUUGACCCAAGUGUUUUUUUCCCAAAAGUGUAAUGGAGAAGGGUUUGAUCUUCAGUCUGUAAUAUUAGUGCCUGUAUCUCAACUGGGGAGAUUUUUCUGUUGUGUAUCAAUGGGAAGGAAAGUGAUGGGGCACAUAGACAGCAAUGUGACCCUCUGGGAGGACCAGCAGUCGGUAGGACAAGAAGCAAGAAGAAAUUUCAUCAGGGACAAAAUUCUGGUAGAUUUGACCUGUUCUACAACUAAAGACAAUAACUGGAUUUCCACUUUCAUAACUAGUUAUUUUGGCAACUUCUACAUUGAUAGAGAUGUUGGAAGGAGCAAGUGAGAAGCUUUGUCUGUCCAUUAGUACCUACGUUGGCAUCAACUGACAAUACAGCCUUGGACCUCACUGAUAAAAGAAUACCAUCUCUUGGCCACAGAAGGUGGAUCUUGCUUCUGCUUCCCCCACACUUUGACAUACUCAUCCCACCUCCAGUCCUAAUUUAUGCAUUUUUUAAGUUCAUUAAAACUUUUAGAAUAAGAUUUUAUUCUGAGUUUCUCACAUAGAAUUGCAGUCCUCUUCCCCCAUCCUUAUGUACAUUUCUUCCUCGUUUUCUUCUCAACACAAAUCUUGGCGCUCCUGUGCGUUUUACUGAAGGCAGUUGGCUUUGGAUUUCGGUAUCGAGGAGCCAGGCGCUGUCUGGUAUCUGCUGCGUCUGAAGUUCAGGUUCACCAUUAGAGUUGUGGUUAAGGGCUCGUUCAUGUCUGCAAAUGUAACACAUAUUUGUCGCCGGUGUAAACUGAUGCUUGUAGUUUUCCGUUUUAAACACACUAAACUGCAGCUCAUGGAUGUGAAGCCACAUAGAAAUUAGUGGAAUUUCUAUCUUAAUGUUUUGCUGAAGCAAAAUGGGACAGGUUUGAGUAGACAUAGUGUUGUGCAAUUAUAAUUACAUAGAUUAUAUGAAUUUUUUUUUUUUUUUUGUACACUUCUGCUACUUUAUCUAAACCCAUUGUCCUUUCUGGUUAGUCUUUUUCUGUGCUUUUCUUCCAUGUCUUUGUACCCUCCAGCUGAGGUUUUUUUUCCCACUGUUGGGAUAACACAAGAUGGCUUUAGAGAGCCAAAGACCAUGGGGAACAAAUCACUUGGGCUCGAAGAUAUUUGAUUAAAUAAAAGAAAAGUCAUAAGUUGUGUUUUAGAAAAAAUUGCAGGACAUUGUAUACAAAGAAAUAGCCUAAAGUCAUCUGAUGGGGGUGGAAACGUUUUAAUGUUUGAUUUCAUGACAUCUACUUGAAUGCUCUGCAUACAGAAAAUGUUCCUUUUAAAUGCUAGGAUAAGUCCAAGACCUCCACAGAUCAAUGUGUUGCAGCAGAUCCUGCCUUGUUCAGCACACCUCCCCGAGAUGCUGGCCCAUUUUACAUCUUGAUUGCCUUACCUGUCUCAGCUCUCAUGUGAGGGAAGGAGCAUCGGCCAGAUCUGCCCCAUACGCCCCCGUUCAAUAUAGGCUGUCACCUGUUCACUCCCUGCUUCAGUCCUCAGUACUAUGUGGCCUUGUUAAUAAUCUUAAUGUUUCUAUGGUUUACUGUGAGACGCAGCAAAGCACACUGAGGGGGUGAAAGGCGAUUUAGGGGUCUAAUUCUCAUUUCUCGCUGUAAUAUUCACUUUCUGGUAAAUAAAGAAAAAAAAAGCAUUUUAACAUUG